AUGGCUACGACUCAACACAACAAACUCUCUCUUCUCUGUUUCAUCUCCAUUUUCUUCCUCCUCUCUCCAUCCAAACGCGCUUCUCUCUCCUCUCCCAACACUCACCGCUCAUCCUCCGUCUUCACCCCGAAAUCCGACGGUUCCCGCACUGAUAUCUCCGCCGUUUGCGACUUCUCUGAAGGCUCCUGGAUCUACGACCAGGGCUGUGAUCUUCCAUCGUUUGAAUCCACUCGAAUUUCUCGAUACUCAUCGAAAUGCCAACAUCGUGCAGGAUUUGUGGUUGUGGGUGAUUCAUUGAACAGGAACAUGUUUGUAUCAUUAUUCUGCAUGUUGAAGAGUGUGGCGACCAGCUGGUGCAGAUCGUGUAUUCACAUUUUUGCGUAUCAUCGAACAAAUCUCUUGGCACGUUAUGGUGGUCAGCUAAUGCCAAUGGUGGUGAGUUAUAGAAGCUCUUGGAUGCAAAGAGGGAUACAGAGUCGAUGUUGA